GCCGACAGGUGACGGAAGUGGCGUAAGGUGUUGUUGACGCGAGGCGUUAGAUGGGAAAGUUAGAGAUUGUAGCUUUGUUCUUCUACAUCAGUGGUAGUAGCUAGUGGCUACCAAGCACCCGUACGCAUUUUCAGGUCCACUAACGUUAGAUCUUCAGUGGGUAAGAAUCAGUUGUUGUCAUUGCAGCUAACGUUAAAUACAGUUAACAUUACUUCCGAGAUAUCUGACACAUUCCAGCAUUAACUAAAUAGUUAGCCGCAAAACUAGUUUAGUUAUUGACCAGAAAUGAUCAUACAUUUUGUUCAGUUGCACGGAGAGAUGCAACUAAAACUCAGUCAUGCAAAGUACAUGGAUUAACACAGCUGGUUCAUCAACAGCUUCGAUAUCCAGGUCAUACUUAGCUUGUAACGUUACAGCUAACAUGAGCUAGUUUUUGGAAAGGAGUUUGGCAUGACCUCCUAGCUAACGUCACCUGUGCUGCUUAACAGAACGUACAACGGAGAUCUCCCAAAUACGAUAGGACCAACGUUGAGCUGUCAUUACGUACAUUAUCUCUUCAAAUGUCUUUGAGGAUGCCAUAAAAGUGACUUUGUUGUCCAAUUUCCAAGUUGUACUGCGCAUCAAAAAUCCAGACAUGCUCGUUAAAUAGUCAUAAUAAAGUAGCAUUAGUGAAAUUAACAUCAGACUUUCACAAUCCUCGGUCAGUUUGAAUCGGUAGCUAUUUAUCAGAUAGAGAUGUGUGGCUCAAUCAAACACCUGCUUCUUAGUGAAGGAGUGUGGCAGGGAUGUUGGGUCCAGUCCUGCUGACCACUGUAGUAGUGGUCCGGUGGUGUAGUAUUUGCUCCGUCUUGAAUAAUUAGGAUGGGAUUGUGUUUGUAUUUAAUUACUUGGCUUGCUGUCAUUAAUUUGCACUAUAUAACUUUGUAAAACAUUGACAAUAUUAUAUUGAUACAAUAUGUUUUCACAUACUCUCCACUGCAUUUUAUAUAACAUAUGUUGAUCUUUCCUGCCAGACAAACAUGUAUGUAUUUAAGAACAGUCCGUUGUUAGAAAAUUGCCAUUUUUGCUGCUCUGGAUCUCUGAUUUGUUUUUCUCUGGACUCGCUCUGGUGAUUGGCUGAUUCUUCACAAACCCUGUAUCAGACCUGAUCCAGGAAAGACAGCUUGUCAUGGUCUUAUAAUGCGUAGGGCUGGUUGUAUGACAGAGAUAUGACUAUGGGAUUGGUACACAUUAUAGUUAGUAUUGCAUUUUGUAUUUUGUCUACCUACCCAUUGACUGCGGAUGGAAGAUAGCUACUUGGUAUGGUGAGUGUGUGUUCUUCACCCUGACACAGACACAAUGGCGAGUCCAGGAAAAGACAACUACAGGAUAAAAAGCUAUAAGAACAAAGCGUUGAAUCCUCAGGAGAUGCGUCGAAGGAGAGAGGAGGAAGGAAUCCAGCUACGCAAACAGAAAAGAGAAGAGCAGCUGUUCAAAAGGAGAAAUGUAUGUGCACCUUUAAAUAAUGAGUCAAUGCUGGAAUAUCCAAUCCAGGAUCCAGACAUCAGCUCCACGGUACCUGUUGCAGGUGAUGAGGUCAUAACUCCAGAUAUGAUUCGGAUGAUUUUCUCCGGAGACCCAGACCAGCAGCUAAUUGCUACACAAAAAUUUAGGAAAUUACUCUCCAAAGAGCCCAAUCCACCCAUAGAUGAGGUAAUUUCCACUCCUGGUGUUGUGAUUCGUUUUGUGGAGCUCCUUAAGAGGAGUGAAAACUGCACACUGCAGUUUGAGGCAGCCUGGGCGCUAACCAACAUCGUCUCAGGUACCUUCUUGCACACCAAGGCGGUGAUUGAAACGGGAGCUGUUCCCACUUUCAUUGAGUUAAUGAACUCUGACUACGAGGACGUCCAGGAACAGGCGGUGUGGGCGUUGGGGAACAUUGCAGGAGAUAAUGCUGAGUGCAGAGACUAUGUACUUAACUGUGGCAUCCUGCCGUUUCUACAACAGCUACUCGCUAAAUCCAACCGUCUCACAACAAACCGCAAUGCAGUAUGGGCUCUGUCCAACUUGUGCCGAGGGAAAAACCCACCACCUGAUUUUGCCAAGGUCUCUCUUUGCCUCAGUGUGCUGUCCAGGCUUCUGUUCAGCAGUGAUCCAGAUGUGCUGGCUGACUCUUGUUGGGCUCUGUCCUACCUGUCUGAUGGCCCCAAUGAAAAGAUCCAAGCUGUCAUUGACUCUGGAGUCUGCCGCAGAUUGGUGGAGCUACUCAUGCACAGUGAUUAUAAAGUUGUUUCUCCUGCUCUACGUGCGGUGGGCAACAUUGUAACAGGAGAUGACAUCCAGACUCAGGUUAUCUUGAACUGCUCAGUACUGCCGUGUUUACUCCACCUCCUCAGCAGUCCCAAAGAGUCCAUCAAGAAAGAGGCGUGCUGGACUGUGUCAAACAUCACAGCAGGAAACAGAGCUCAAAUUCAGAAUGUCAUUGACGGCAACAUCUUCCCAGUACUGAUUGAGAUCCUUCAGAAGGCUGAGUUCCGCACAAGGAGAGAGGCAGCGUGGACUAUUACUAACACCACCUCUGGGGGCACUCCUGCACAGAUAAGGUAUUUGGUGUCUCUGAAUGCCAUCAAACCCAUGUGUGACCUGCUGACAGUGAUGGACUCAAAGAUCGUGCAGGUGUCUCUGAAUGGCCUGGAGAACAUACUCAAACUGGGAGAACAGGAGGCCAAACGGAAUGGAACAGGCAUCAACCCAUACUGUGCUCACAUAGAGGAGGCUUAUGGCUUGGACAAGAUUGAGUUCCUGCAGAGCCACGAGAACCUGGAGAUCUACCAAAAGGCCUUUGACCUGAUUGAACACUACUUUGGUGUGGAGGAGGAGGAUGCCAGCCUGGCUCCACAGGUGGACCAAAGUCAAGGCCAGUUUGUCUUCCAGCAACAGGAGGGACCCAUGGAGAGUUUUCAGCUCUAACCCCACCUCACCCCCACAGCACUUUCUUCUCCCUGGUGUCUAAACCUCUGCUAGAGACAGCGGCCUGCUGGCUUGCGAACUCUUCUGGGACCAACCAUGUCUCUGCUGGAUCAACUCCUCCCCAGACCUUCACUUCUACUAAGCCUUAUUAAGCCAACAACACCUUAUCUUGAGAGACAGAGAGAGACUUGUGAAUAUGGAGAUCAAAAGUAAGAGCAGAUUUGGCUGUUGCUGUUUGAGACUGUGGGAGUCUGAAUGGAGGGCUCAGCUUUGCUGCUUCUAUCCCAUGUCUAUGCCGUAGAAAGCCAACUCAUUUUAAAGGAGUCUCCCUUUUUCUUUUGUAUGAUGGUCGUUUGACUUCCUGUGUGUUAUUUUUAUCGUUCUAAAUUAUGUUAAUGUUAUUACUGAUACACUUAGAAACUGGUAUCUCCAAUUAAGCAUCCAUUCUCAGAAAAAAGGAAACAAGAAAGGAAGGAAGGAAGGAAAGGAAAGCCCCAACUGUGGAGGAGCUCCUCUUUGUCUUCUCCACCCUCAGCUCUGAUUGAAGGCAGCGGCUUCCUGGAUUAUGUAAGCGGCCAACUGGCCCAAGUUAGUUUGUUAUUUGAAACAGUGUUAGCUGUUCACUAUUGUUUAUGCUCCUUAUUUUAAAUGUUCUUUAUUUCAGAAAGCAGUAUCAGGGAAAAUCAUGUGUUGUCAAUGUUAGUGUGUGCAACAAUCUUGCAAGUUAAAUGAGAUUUUUGAGUUUUCUAAUUUGACACUCGUAUUUUAAAUAAUUUUUUCGGCCUGCAAUUAUCCUGAUUUGGGGGGAUUGGUAGACUUUAUAUAUCGUAUAAACAUAUGAGAAAGUGUAAAAAAAGUAAGUGGCUAUGGGAGGGUGUGAAAUGUAAUUAUGCUUUCUGUCUGAUAUGCAGUAAUAGUUCCAUUCCAUCGCUGCUCCUCCUUAUUGUGCCCAUUUCAGGGUUGACCCUUUACAGUUUGUUUUAUUUUGAGGUUUGUUUCCUCUGAACCUUCAACGCUUUGAUUUUGAUUUUCUUAUGUUCUGAUUUUUUGGUUGAAGCACAGUUGUUUUUUACCCCUUAACUGUAAUUUGAGUAAUGUGACAUGAAGUCAACCUAUAAUUAUGUGAAAUGGAUAAUAGUUGUAUAGCAGACAUUUACAUCAAACACAUUCAAUCAUGAAUAUUUUCUUUCAGAUUUUGAGUUUGUGCGAUGGUAAAUCCUUUUCAUCCCUUCUUCCUGCCGGCCUGUAAACUCUCCUGGAACAUUCCAUGUUCUGCUUUUGUGGAUGAAGUCUGAAGAUUAAAGCACAGUGGGGGUUUCCUCCUAUUGGCUCUA